UAAUUAUGCCGUUUAAUAUAGUAGAUAUCAGCUGAUAAAGUUUAGAGGUUAUGUUUUGACGAAAAUUGUCACAAAUAAAACAUAUUUAAUCUUCUAAAAUGACCAUUAAACCGAGAGAAAAAGUUGCCGACGGUGAUGAUGACCCUGUGGAAUCUAUGCUAAAGAAAACUGGAUGUCUUGAACUUCAUUACAAAGUGCAGGAGUGCAUUGCCGAGACCAAGGAUUGGAGAAAAUGCCAGGAUGUAGUAAAUAGUUUUAAGGAUUGCAUCGAAAAGCACAAGCAAGAAGAAAUGUCGAGAAUAAAGAGUUAAUAGUUUACGCAUUUGAUUCAUGUAAUUUAGAUUUUAUUGUGCUGUGUACCUAACUACUUUAGUUUACUAAGUAAAUUAUUGUUUACGAAGUUUGUUAUUCAAAAUGAACAAUAUAAUUUAUUAAAACAUAAAA